GAGCUUGCUGCAUCUGCUGGUCUACCACUCGUGGGAAGAACAGAAAGCAUCGAAGAAGCAGGUGUUAAAACUUAUGUUGUACCCAACACACAAGGAGUUCUGGAUUUCAUCACACACAAGUACUUUCAGACAGUUGACACAACCAAACAUGAGGAACGAACUGAAUUUCUAGAGUAUUUAACAGAUGUGCGCAAGGUUCUUGUCCUGGAUGCCCAGUCAGGAAGUUUGAUAGUUACAGUCCUGUGUACUUCACUAGAGAUACUGGAUUCCCUGUGGUAUGACUAUUGCACAGGUCACCUGAAUGACAUGGCACAGAAAUAUCUUGUGACAAAGGACAUACUGAAGGAGUUUGACUUGACUGAGCUGAGACUGACAACAACUAUUCAGCUGGAGGAGUACAAGGCUGCACGAAACUUUUUUCUGCAGGGUUCAGGUGAGCACAUACAAAGUGUUUUGGAGAGCUGUCUUUAACUGAAUAAACAGGGCAUUGUCUAAUCAUCAAUGCUUUAAAACACAUUAGCAGAGGUUUGCAAGUUAUGUCUUUUUUUAUGCCCCCUCAACAUGUUAACAAAUUUGUUCUUUCACCAAAUUUAGACAGGUAUCAUUCAAGAAAUUUAAUGAUCAUUUUAAGGAAACUGAUCAACUCCUUUAUCUUGGCCAGCCCAAAGAAGUAGAUAUAUUAUCAAGCCUAUAGUUUAACAGAAUCAACAAAUGUCUUUGAAUAGCCAGCUGAGAAAUGUAUCAAUUUGCAGAAAAUGCAGAUCUCUGCAAAAAGGGUAAUUUAUGUGACUGCAGAGCACUCAAUUGAAGUUUGCUCGACUGGCAUUGGGGAAUUUGAACCAGAAGUGUCAAGACUAAUUUCCAGUAGAAUACAAGUGUGAUAUUAUUUAAUAUGGAGGUGUUAGGGGUUAGUGCACUUUCACUAAGAAAUGGCUUAGAAGGAAAAAGUCUUCAAGUUCUCAGUUUUCAAGCUUGGUCAAUUUGUUGAAAGUCAUGGCUGCUAUUUGUAAUUAUUUUGCUUUUUACAUAAAAAUUGGGUGGGGCAUAUGAACACAUAUUUUACCCAAGGGGAUAGGAAUUUUAGGAAACCAUUCUCCAAAAAGUUAAAUGCCCAGGGGUUUACUUCAAAUUGAGUGACACUUAAUUUUUGUCAUUAUUAUUAUCACUACUAUUGUCACCCACAUUAUUAGCAUUAUCAUAACUAUUAAUCUCAUCUUUUUUAUCAUUAUUCUUAUCAUUUAUUUUUUUUUUUUUUUUUUUUUUUUUUUUUUUAUUGCCUCUAGUUUUUAUGAUUGCAAUAUUUGGAUCUUAUUGACUUAUUAACUAUCUAAAUGUAAUUAAAGCAGUAGACUGACUUUAACACUUAUAAUUAUGCCGACUCUCUCUCAUUGGCAGGGAGUCUCACAGACAGAACGAGAAAUGUCUGUCAUAUGGAUCAUCAAAUCUUCCUGACAAAUGAGGAUUUUGGUCAGUUCCUCGCAGAAACAUAAGAUCUGAACACCAAAUUCCCCAUAUCCAAUGUUGUUAUGGUUAUCUUAGGGCUCUUAUCUUAAUUUUCUUGAUUGCGCUUAGAUUAUUUCAAAGUAGGGACAACCCUUUCUUCUAAAUGAUGACCACAACAGAAACUGAGUCUAAUAGAUUGAGCUUUCAAGCAAAAAGAGUAUCUCAUAAAUUAACUGAGAGGGGUUUUUCCUUUAAGGGCAGAGAGGGAGACAUUGGCUGCUUAUACUUAUACACAAAUUAACUACAUGUACAACCAAAGACUUUGACACAAAUUAUGUUUAAUUUUUUUCUUUGCAGCUACAGCUGAUGUUUAUAGUAAUGAGGGUAAUGAGGCCCUCAAGAAAGGAGAUUUCAUCAAUGUUAUUCAUUUUUACACCAGAGGAAUUAAAGUGAACUGCAAUGAGAAAGAACUGGAGGCCAAACUGUACAACAACAGGGCUAUUGCACAUUUUAAACUUGGUAAGAUGAUGAGAGCUAAAAAAUAUGCAAUUUUUCCCUUUUGAAACUUAAAGGGCUGUCAGUAGUAGUUUCUGAAAAAGGUGAUGAUUUUGAAUGCAUAUGCCCAGAAAGAAAUUCUCUAGAAAAAUAUAUGCCUUUUAUUGGCCUCUCAAACAUACAAAGAAGUAACCUAGCUCUUACACCAGAUAUCAAUCAGCAUCACAUGUUUUUCAUAAAAUUAAUGUAAGGGUGGUGGAUUUGCUAUAUGUACAGCUAAUCAGAGACAUAUAUUUAAAAAACAGGAAAUCACCAGGAUUCACUUAGGGAUGCAGAAGCAGCCAUUGAGUUAAAUCCAACUUACCUCAAGGCAAUUGUGAGAGGUUAGAUAUAAUUGCUGUGCUAUUAAUAGUAAUAAUAACAACAAGAACUGAACACUUUAAGGUUAAAUAAAGUUAAAUCUUGUCUCAAUUGACUUCAAUUAGGAGUGCAAGACUGCUGUGCCAUGACUUUCCAUUAUAAUGAGAAUAUUAUUUUGAGUUGGAUAAAGAACCCAGUGCUAAGUUAAAGGCAAAAUUUCGGCACGAGUAUUUUAGUUUCCUUUUGUUCGAUGGGUUAGGUAGUGGUAUCAGGUAUGUUUAGUCACUAUCUAGCUGUUUUGAAAAGAAGUAAUGGUUUAACUGAACUCAAAACUGUAAGGAAACUUUCCUCAUUCAUGAAGUAUAACUCAACUUUAAAGGCUAUAAUACAUGUAAUAAGAAUGUAACUAGAGACAGCAUGAGUAAAUCUUAUUGUUGGGGAACUUUUAAAAUGUAACUUGAGUCUCUUGUAUUUUGAUUGAAGUUGAAAUUAAACCCAGUUCUAAAAAAGUUAACCAAAAAAUGUACCAUUAUCAAAUUAUAAAAAGUGAUUUUCAUUUUUUUGUUUACCCAUGGCAUAUCUUGUUAUAUCUAUAUAUCUCAGUGAUUUUGUGGGAAUUGUUAGUCUCAACUCAAAUGUCCUCAGAAGUUUCAAUUAUCAGAAACUAAUCUAACUGAAACCUAAUAGGGCCUGUUUAUUCUUUCCAUUUAGUUGCUUUGUCUUUUCUGGACUGUAAUAAGUUAGCUUUCAAUGAUUUCUGGUUCUUUUCUUGGAAUUAAGCUAUAGUAAUUAUAUCUCCAUUGUGUUGUUUCCUGCAGGAGCCCUUGCCUGUGUUGAACUGAAGAGAUUUGAACAAGCAAUCACUUGGUGUGAUAAGGGAUUAGCUGUAUCCUUUGAAGAAAUGCUUUAUUUUUAACCGUCGGUAUAAUGAAAAUAUUCCAUAAUUCGAGGUUUUAUGGAAGAAAGUGCAAAGAAGGGUAUUAAUCACGAUGGGAACUUCUCAGCUAACAAAAUCUUGAAGAGUUUCAAGGAAUCAGUGCGAUAACUUUCAAGUUUUGCGCCAAAAUUGUAAUUCAGUCUCGUUAUAUGAUACUACUUGGGAUAAAAUUACAAACGUUCUUUAUUAUUACCGCCCAAAUUUGCAAUUGUGUUUUAUUAGAACAGUCAAAGGCGAUCUAACCCUGAAUUUACAGAGAUGCAAUCGACCUCAGAAAACGAGAAAAAGAAAUAAAUAUCAUCAAACGUAUACAAAGUUUGCCUGUAUUACUUCUGAGAUUGCUCCAAUUAGUAUUUGGUAGUGUAUCAGCCGUUAAAUUAUUGCUUCUGAACACUCGCGUGACUCGCGUGUCAAAAUGGCGGACACUAAGUUGAAUUACGUGACUGCGAGUUUUCAAAAUUCCCACCUCUUAAACAGUUUUAAUUUGUCUUUUUUCCAAAUAAAUAGGAACCUGUGGGAUUACUUUCGUUGAUAGCGGUUGGAACCAGGUAAAGGCUAAGAUGUUUUUGGGCGAAAACCAUGAUAGUGGAAGCAGCUUCGCAGAGACAAAACUUGAUUUAAUCUGCCUAUCACAUCUCUCUUUUUUUUGGCAGCCAUUCCAAGUGGGAAAACAAUAAAAAACGUCUCAAAUAUUCAUAGCGAUAACUGCAUUUUGAUUUGCCUUGUGUUUAAUGGUGGGAAUUUGCUCAAGAAAGCAACCGACGAAUUUGGCGCCUAUAUUAACUGUUUUUGGCUGUUGAGAGUAUCAUAUUACGCUGCCACAAUUCAGU